AUGAUAGCGACAGGUGUUGUGUUUAACGAUGAGUUAAAUCAAAAUGUAGACGAUAAUCAUCUUGAAAUCUUCAGUAUUAUUUGGCUUGAUAAUAAUAAUAACAUCAAAGACAAUCAUGAAACGCAGAAAAAUCUACGUUCUAUUAUUAAUCAAUUAAAAUUAUUUUACGAUUCGAAAGAAUGUCAACAAUAUAUUGAACAACAAUCAAACGAAGAACAAUUAAUAAUCAUUGUUAGUGAAGAAAUGGCUCAAGUAAUCAUUCCUUCUAUUCAUCAUCUUCGACAAGUUUCAUCGAUUUAUGUAUAUUGUAAUGAUGCGGAGAGAAAAAGAGACGAAUGGGUAUCUCAAUUUCCAAAGAUUAAGACUAUGAUGGUUGAAGUUCGUGAACUUAUUAAUCGAAUUGAAACAGAUCAUCGAAGUUUAAAGAGAAUAACAGAAUCAUUAUCAAUCAAUAAAUUUAGUUCAGGAAAAUCAACAACAGGUGUCAAUGGUCAUUUUGUUUUCUUUCAAGUUCUUAUCGAUUGUCUUUUACGAAUGAAAUUUAAAGAAGAAGAUAAAAAUGAACUUAUUUCACGUUUUAAAAUCGAAUAUAAUGAAAAUAAAUCUGAACUCGAAAAACUGGAUGAAUUCCAAAAGAAUUAUUCAUCAGAUAAAGCUGUAUGGUGGUAUACUCGUGAUUCAUUCUAUUACAGAACUUUGAAUAAAGCUUUGCGCUGUCAAAAUAUUGAUAUGAUCUAUUUAUAUCGUUCGUUUAUUAAUGAUAUUUAUCAUAUGUUACGAAAACAUCAAUCGAAUAUUCCAUUACAUGUUUAUCGAAGUCAAUUAAUGGUUAAGGAUGAAUUAGAAGAAUUGAGGAAAUAUAUUGGACAAUUCGUUUGUGUAAAUUCAUUUCUUUCUACGACAAAAAAAUAUUUAACAGCUGUUUUUCUUGCCGGUAAUACAAAUGCACAAAGUUUUAUGGAACGAGUAUUGUUCGAAAUUGAUGCUGAUCCUGAAAUGGCUAUUACACAACCAUUUGCAGAUAUCAGUAAAUUUAGUGAAUUUGCUGAAGAAUCAGAAGUACUCUUUAUGGUUGGUUCGAUUUUUCGUCUUGAUGCUAUUAGUUGUACAACGGAUUGUGUAUGGAUCAUUCGCAUGACCUUGUGUAGUGGAAAUGAACAUGAUUUAAAAGAUGUUCUUGUGCAUAUGAAAAAACAAAAUGGAAAUGGACAGACAAAUCUACGAACACUUGGUAAAAUUUUAUCAGAAAUGGGUAAACUUAAUCUUGCUGAUAAAUAUUAUAAACGUUUCUUGAUGGAACUUACACUUGAUGAUCCUUUAAUACGCCAUGUUUAUGAAGAUCUCGCUCAAGUUUCUUCACAAAAAGGUGACUUCGACAACAGUAUACAAUGGCGACAAAAAUCUCUUGCUGUCAAUUGCCAAUAUCAGUCAAAUAUUUCUAUUUCAAAUCAGACAAUUCCGAUUUCUAAUGUUAAAUGGAGACAAAAUGGUGUUACUGUUGCAGGAGGAAAUAAAAAAGGUGAUAAAUUAAAUCAAUUAUUUUAUCCAUGGGGUUUGACUGUUGACGAUGAUCAAAAUGUCUAUGUUGCUGAUUGUGUAAACGAUCGUAUUGUUGAAUGGAAACUCAAUGCAACCAGUGGUCGACUCAUUGCUGGAGGAAAUGGUGAAGGAUCUAAAGCAAAUCAAUUGGAUGGUCCAAGAGAUGUAAUUAUAGAUAAGCAAACAGAUAGUCUUAUCAUUUCUGAUGCACGGAAUCGUCGAGUAGUAAGAUGGUCACGACAAGGUGGUCUAUUUGAACAAAUAAUCAUUUCGAAUGUCGAUUGUUAUGGUAUAGCAAUGACCGACGAUGGAUUUCUUUAUGUUUCUGAUGUUGAAAAACAUGAAAUUAGACGAUGGCAAAUAGGUGAUACAAGUGGAGCAGUAGUUGCAGGUGCGAAUGGUAAAGGUAAUCGUCUUGAUCAACUUGAUUCUCCAACGUUUAUUUUCGUUGAUCAAAAUCAUUCUGUAUAUAUAUCAGAUUCUAAUAAUCAUCGUAUAAUGAAGUGGGUAAAAGGUGCAAAAGAAGGCAUUGUUGUCGCUGGAAAUCAUGGAUAUGGAAAUUCUACUAAACAAUUAAAUUUUCCUCGGGGUUUGGUCGUCGAUCAGUUUAGCAGAAUUUAUAUAGCUGACGAUGAAAAUAAUCGCAUUAUGUGUUGGACAAAAGGAGCUUCGCAAGGAACUAUUGUAAUUGGUGUUAAUGGUGAAGGCAAUCAAGACGAUCAAUUGAGGAGACCAUGUGGUUUGUCAUUUGAUCGGUUGGGUAAUCUUUAUGUUAUUGACCAUUGGAAUCAUAGAGUACAACGAUUUUCACUCGAUACUGAUCCCUAA